AUCAUCAUCAUCAUUACAAAUAUCAUACAUAUAUAUUUAAGAAUACAUUUAAAAUUAAACAUUUGUCAAUCGGUGUUAUUUAAUGUACACGUGUAACAAUAAAUUAAUGAUUAGUAAAACGUCAGUGACAAGGUGUUAGAUAAAAUUUGAAUUUAAAUAAAAUAUUAUGUGCUGACUGAGUUAAUUUAUAAAUAUUAUUAUUUAUUACGUUAAAAUUUUCUACGACAAUAGGUUAUCAUAUGUGACAACAAUGAUGAUGAUUAAGCUAGAAAUAAAACGAUUUAAUUAUUAUCUUUGAUAGUUUUUUAUUUUUUUCUAAUCGUUAAUUUAAGUGAUACUAAUUGUGAUUAUUCGUCUUCGGUAGAAUUUUUUUUAAGAUUUGUAAUUUAAACUUGGGAAAAAAUGAAGCGCAAAACAGAGAAACAGGAUUCGGAAAAUGGUCAGGUGGUGGAACAAAACGUAGCUGAGGAUAGUGAUGUACGUGGUGAUGAAGGAAAUAUCGCAUUGCUCCUUUUUUUAUAUUUAUUACAAGGCAUUCCAUUGGGUCUUUGCAGUGCUAUGCCAAUGAUCCUGCAAAAUAGACAUAUUUCAUAUAAACAACAGGCUGAAUUUAGUUUUGUACAGUGGCCGUUCUCAUUAAAAUUACUAUGGGCACCAGUAGUAGAUGCAAUUUACUCACGUAAAUUUGGACGUCGUAAGACGUGGUUAAUACCUACUCAAUAUGCGAUGGGUAUUUUUAUGCUGUAUUUAUCAGGAUGUGUACAAGACUGGUUAGGAUCAGAUACUGAAUCACCAAAUAUAGGAUUACUUACGGUAUUAUUUUUUACACUUAAUGUACUGGCAGCAACGCAGGAUAUUGCUGUUGAUGGCUGGGCACUGACGAUGUUAAAAAGACAAAACGUAGGAUAUGCAUCAACUUGUAACAGUGUAGGCCAAACGGCAGGAUAUUUUUUGGGUUACGUUUUAUUUAUUGCCUUAGAAUCUCCAACACUUUGUAAUAAUUUUUUACGUUCAGAACCUUCUGAUGUGGGAAUCUUAACGUUACCUGGAUUUUUAUAUUUUUGGGGAUGGAUAUUUAUUGGCGCAACGACGUUAGUUGCUAUAAUGAAACAUGAAGUUGAUGAAAAACACACUAAGAGUGAAGAUUUUUUUACAAAUAUCAAAGAUGCUUAUCACUUACUCUGGUGUACAAUGAAACUACCUUCAAUUAAAACUACAGCAUUAAUUUUACUUACUGCCAAGAUUGGAUUUUCUGCUUGUGAUGCAGUGACGGGACUAAAACUUGUCGAUGCUGGAGUACCAAAAGAAAAAUUAACUUUAAUGGCUGUGCCAUUAAUACCAAUGCAGAUCAUUUUAUCUUGUGUAGUAUCUAAAUAUACCUCAGGACCACGUCCAAUGGACAUUUAUCUGAAAGCAAUGCCAUGGAGACUUGCAUUUGGAUUAGUUGCUACUUUUCUAGUUUGGAUCACACCGUCUUUCGUUACUGAUGGUGAAGUACCACUUUAUUAUGUUAUAAUUAUUGUUAUGCUGUACGCAAUACACCAGGUUGCUGCAACGAGUAUGUUUGUUGCGUCAAUGGCAUUCUUUGCUAAAAUAAGUGAUCCAGCUGUUGGUGGAACUUAUAUGACAUUUUUAAAUACUUUAGCUAAUUUGGGUGGGAAUUGGCCAGCAACAGCAGCACUUUGGUUUGUUGAUACAUUAACUUGGAGAUCAUGCAGUACUAAUGCUGAUAAUGAUUGUAGUACUUCCGUAGAACGUGAGCAAUGUGAAAUUGAUUCCAAAGGUACCUGUCUGACAGUACUCGAUGGUUAUUACAUCGAGAGUAUUUUGUGUGUAAUCGUUGGGUUCUUGUGGUUCAGAUGGGGUAGAAGAAAAAUAGAUUUCCUACAAUUAAGACCAAUGUCCGCUUGGAAAGUGAUACCACAAAAAAGCUAA